AUGACCUUAGUGUUGAUAGCGCUCCCGCUAGUUAUGUUUGUUGCAACUUUUGUUGCUGGUAUACUACCUUUGAAAUUAACCGUGGCCCAACACCAUUUAAAAUACUUGUCUUUCCUAAGUAUGGGAAUAUUAAUUGGAACAGCCAUGAUGAUCAUUUUGCCUGAAGGAAUAGAAACAAUAAGCCAUGAAACCACAGAUGUUGCUCUGUACGUAGGGUUUCCUAUUUUGCUUGGAUUUUUAACCAUGUAUAUUCUCGAUUGUAUGUUUUCAACCAAUGUCAAAGCCCAGGAGUCAUCAGUCGUGGAAUCUGUCGUUGGCUCACCCAUCACAUUGGGUUUGAUAUUUCAUGGGAUUAUUGACGGAAUAUCAUUAGGAUCAUCCCUUGCAUCAGGAGAGGUAAUGACUUUAAUCAUAUUCGCAGCAAUCAUAAUUCAUAAAAUCCCAACAAGUUUCAGUCUUUCAACAAUUCUCCUACAAGAGGGAACAUCAGAUUCAAAAUUGUAUUGGCAUAUUUUAUUGUUUGCCUUGCUGAGUCCAUCUGCAUGCUGGUUCACUUUUGUCCUUAUAAAAUUGGUUAAUGCGAAAAGCAACUUGGUGAUUGGUGUUUUGUUCUUGUAUUCAGCAGGUACAUUCUUGUUUGUUGUCAACCAUGUCAUGCAUGAAUUUUCAUCCAACGAUUUCUAUACAUUACCUACAAGCGUUGAAAGUGACACAACCACAGUGGAAUCACAUUCUAAAAUUUCAAGAAACGAACUCAUUUUAUCAUUAAUCGGCAUCUUAAUUCCAACUCUACUUAGUUUUGCAAAAGAAUAA